CUUUGCAAUAAAAAAAAACUUUACACACUACCCCUUCCUUCCUUCCUCCACAAUAAUUCACUAAUUAAUCGCUCUCCAUUUUUAUGCUCUUCACACUCUUUUCUCUUUUCCUCUCCCCCCUUUUUUCCCUUUGUCUUUUGCCUUUUGCCUUUUACGAUAAUUCUCUCUCUCUCUCUCUCUCUCUUUCUUUUCCUCUUUCUUUGCCUUGCACCAUAAUCUUCAUUUCUUCAUUCAUUUCACUCCAUUCCCAUUCCCAUUCCAUUCCACCUUCUUUUCACAUGGACAAUUGACUGACAUUGGUUUUUUUUUUUGUUUCCUCCUGUACCUAAGUCUGCAUUUUAAUUU